GCGGGCGACGCGACUUUCCCUAGUUGCCUUGCACUUCUUCUCCACCUCUCAUCCCAUCUCUCCUGACAAUGACUACCGCAGACGCCAGCUCAUCAACAGCAAUGUCACCUCGCAGCCCUCUAUCCCUGACCCUCAUCGCGGCACUCAGCCCCACAAAUGGCCUAGGCAAGGCCGGGGGCCUCCCCUGGUCCCUAUCAAAAGAGAUGGCCUACUUCCGCAAGGCGACGAGCCAUGUCCCCGGCCCUUCUUCAUCCUCAGCCUCCUCCCCCUCCUCCUCCUUCCCCUCGACUGGUGCCUUGUCCACUGGAAACACAGCGCAAAAUGUGGUCAUAAUGGGUCGCAAUACAUGGGAAAGCAUUCCGCCCAAAUUUCGCCCGCUCAAGGGGCGAGUCAACUACGUGGUCAGCCGUACAGCGGGGGACAAGAAGCGCGAGGAGGAAUUGGGCAUCGAAGAGGGGAAAGGAAGCUACUGCGUUGCAUCGUUGCAGGCUGCGCUGGAGCAUGUACAAUCAAAGGACAUCGCAGAUGCAGGGAGGGUCUUCCUCAUUGGAGGAGCACAGCUGUACGCUCAAGCGAUGAAGGAGCUUGGUCCCUCUUCCUCCCAUUCCUCCUCAGCCACGCCAGCCAAGCUAGAUCGUCUCCUCAUCACCCGUCUCGUGUCGCCCAAUUUUGAUUGCGACGUCUUUCUGCCGGAGUAUCGCACCAAGCAACAAAUUCAGGACGAUGCCAGCAUCGCUGGCUCGGAGGCCGAUCCAGCUGCGACUGGCGGUGAAGAUAAGCAGCAGCAGCAGCCCCUCAACGUCGCAGAGUGGGAGAAGUGCGGGUCCACUGAGCUUUGCGAAUGGUUGGGGCGAGAGGUGGCAAACGUGUAGGAUGCAAAUACGCAGACAUGCCUUGCAAUGAGGUACACUCGCAUUGAUAUCUAGAAGAGAGCGUGGGAUGAGAGGCCGGUGAGAAGACGAAAGAGUGUGUAGGUGGGAGAGGCCAGCUCAUCGACAGUGCGAGCACGCACGUCGAGGGUCGAGUGG